AUGAUGCAUGAGUCUGCUCUUAUUCAACCAGCGGAUACAAUGAUGAUGAAAAUAUAUUGUAGGUUAUUGAAGCUUCCCACUUUACCAAGGAUAAGACACUUUCUAUGGAAAUCCAUCUCAAAUGUUCUAUCUACAAGAGAAGCCCUUCGUUCUGCUAUUGUUGGGGAGGAUGAUUCUUGUCCCAUUUGCAAUCUACAUCCAGAAUUUGCAACUCAUUUCAUUAUGAAUUGUACUUUUUCAAGGGAAGUCUGGUUUGCUACCUUGGGUUGGUCUUCUGGUACUACAGGCUCAUUAUCAGAAUGGAUUGGCAGUUGGUUUGAUAGUAUGCAGAAUGGUACCAUUAAGGAAUCUGAAAUAGUUAACAGAGCUAUCAUUGCUUGGAUCAUUUGGAUAACAAGAUGCAAUAAAGUGUUCCAGCAGACAAACCCCACUCCUGAAGUGAUUAUUCAUCAGUGUGGCAUUGGUCUAAUUCUUAGAAAUUUUGCAGGUACACAACAGUCAGCAAGGUGCAUCUACUUAAAUCAAGUCAGAAGUGUUGAGCAGGCCGAGUGUAUGGGACGGUGGAAAGUUAUGCAAUGGGCGAAAGAUUUACAGAUUGACAGAGUUUUCUUUGAGAUAGAUGCUAAAGUGAUUGCACAUGCAAUCAAUAACGACAAUAGCGCCAUCGAUUGGAGAUUACACCAUACUGUUCAAGAAAUUAAAAAUCUAUUCUCAGUAUAUAGAAAUUAG